AUGUUUAAAUUAAACGAAGACGAGAAAGUGUUUAUUGUGAUAAUCGCUUCUUCGCUAUUUCUUCUAAGCCUUAUAAUCACCAUUUGUUUGGUGACACCCGUGUGUUGGCUAAACAAAUGGCUCAUUAAGAACAACUCGAAGAAACAAAAAGAUGAUGAUAUGAUAUCGCAAUACAUACCAAACCAAUUGCUAACACACGAGUCGAAACACUUCCAGCUAUCGAUUGUACCGAACUAUGGGGUCAACAGUCAGGAAAGUGUAGCCAAACAUAUAACUAAAGUCAGUCACGAUUUCUUUGUGAAUCAAACUACUAUCAGAAAGCAAUCGAUUGGUUCAGAAUCGGAAUCAAUCAAACAAAAGACUGGAGUCAUUAAGUUUGGGAUCAGAUAUGAGAUCACUUCGACUACAAGUCUAAGACUUAUUAUCAACAUUAUCGAGAUCUGUGAGCUCCAGCCGAGAGAGUAUUUAGCCGAUCCUUCCUGUUAUGUGUCCAUCAUUUUGAUCGGUCUGAAAGCCAGACGCCGUAGUCUUAUUCAUAGAGCCACUCCCAGUGUAUUAUAUCGGACGGCUUCGGCCAAGAGAUGUCUUAAUCCAGUAUUUAAUGAGCUAUUUGUUAGCCAAGACUUACCAAAAAGUAUACUUAAUAACGGAAUUAUUAAAUUAAAAAUAUUUGACGACGAAAGGUAUGCCAAUGAUGUCUGUUUGGGUCAAACGAGUCUACAAUUGAAACAACUUUUGGCCAAUCCUUUGGAUAACAACAUGACUCGUGAACUGACACUUUUGUCGUGUAAAGAGUCAAAAGGGGAGAUAUUGGUUGGGUUAUGUUAUCUGCCGACUGCUAAACGUCUAACAAUUGCGGUAAUGAAGGCCACCCUAAGUCACGCGCAUCAGAUCCAUACUUCAGCAAUACUUUGCUAUUACAUUAGGGUAUUGUUAUUCAUUAAUGGAAAACUAAUUAAAAAGAAAAAGACAAGUUUCACACAAAAGAUGAUUUGGAGUGACAAUGAGAUCAUGACCUUUGACCUCAUGUCUCUAGAGAGCCAACAGCCGGCAAUUAUGUUUGUCUUAUCCUAUAAACAGGAGAGUUCACAAUCGUCUCCAUCAUCGCCGGAAACACCAGUUUCUAUUGAAACCAAUGGUUCGCAUAAAGACAGACAUAUCGGACAGUUUGUUGUCGGCAAUGGUUUGUGGCAACAAAUGAGACAACAGCCCAGAGAACAGAUAGUCAAAUGGCAUAAACUUUGUUAA